CUGCACUACGGGACCCUCCUGGGCAGCAGAGCUUGUGUCCACAUGGCAGCAGCUGCCUGGGCCACUGGGUUUCUCAAUGCUCUGCUGCACACGGCCAAUACAUUUUCACUGCCCCUGUGCAAGGGCAAUGCCCUGGGCCAGUUCUUCUGUGAAAUCCCCCAGAUCCUCAAGCUCUCCUGCUCACACUCCUACCUCAGGGAACUUGGGCUUCUUGUGGUCAGUGCCUGUUUAGGUUUUACGUGUUUUGUUUUCAUAGUGGUGUCCUAUGUGCAGAUCUUGAGGGCCGUGCUGAGGAUCCCCUCUGAGCAGGGACGGCACAAAGCCUUUUCCACCUGCCUCCCUCACCUGGCCGUGGUCUCCCUGUUCCUCAGCACUGGCGUGUUUGCCAACCUGAAGCCCCCCUCCAUUUCUUCCCCAUCCCUGGACAUGGUGGUGUCUGUUCUGUACUCGGUGGUGCCUCCAGCAGUGAACCCCCUCAUCUACAGCAUGAGGAACCAGGAGCUCAAGGAUGCCCUGAGGAAACUCAUAUCUUAUUGUUUUGUAAAGCAAUAA